AUGCUCCACAGAGCGAUCCAGGCGGCACACGAGGGCGACUUGGAGGCUCUCCAGGUCCUGCGGGUGUCCGGGGGUCUCACACCGGGCAUCACUGACGAUCAGGGGGCCACACCGGUUCAUCACGCUGCGCGCGGGGGUCGGUUGGAGUGCCUGCGCUUCCUGGUUAGAGAGGCAAACUUCAAAGGGAACGCACGUGCCAGGAACGGAGCAACGGCCGCCCACGACGCUGCCGCCACCGGGCACGUGCAGGAGCUGCAAUGGCUGCUGGGACACGGGGAGUGCGGGCUGGAGGAUCAGGAUGGUGAAGGAGCCACGGCUCUGCAUUUGGCAGCUCGGUUUGGUCGUGCUGAUGCUCUGCAGUGUCUUUUGACUGCAGGAGGAAACGCUGAGCUCCAGACACACUGUGGGGCUCUUCCUGUCCACUACACUGCUGCAAGCGGAGACCUCACCUGUCUCAAACUGCUCAUGUCCCACUCACCACGGUGUGUGGACCAUCAGAUGCACACCGGAGCCACGCCCCUUUACCUGGCCUGUCAGGAGGGGCAUCUGCACGUGGUGGAGUUUCUGGUGAAGGACUGCGGAGCAAACGUCCAUCUGCAGGCCCAAGACGGGAUGAGCGUCCUGCACGCCGCCGCCCACAUGGGCCACCACGCUCUGGUGGUCUGGCUGGCGUCGUUCACAGACGUGGACUUGUCGUGUCAGGAUGUGAACGGAGCCACAGCUCUGCACUUCGCUGCCAGUGAGGGACAUCAUCGCAUCCUGGAGCGUCUGCUGCUCAUGGACGCCAAAAUCCUGAGAGACCACUGGGGCGGGACACCACUGCACGACGCCGCUGAGAAUGGAGAACUCGAGUGUUGUCGGAUCCUUCUGGAACAUCACAUCAGUCCACUGGAGAAGGAUGUGGACGGAUUCAGUGCAGUGGAACUGGCAGAGUAUAACGGCCACCGUGAAUGCGCCGCUCUCCUCCAAUCAGCUCAGCUUUAUGAGUCAGAGGACCGUCUUCUUUCCCCUGAGGUCAUUCUGAUAGAAGAGGAAAGGACACCGUUUGGGAGAGAAGGUCAUCUUCUGAACGCUACUGAGCAGUCCAGUGAGCAAAGUCAUAACACUGCUAUGGAGAACAGCAAGCAGCCGGUAAAGGAGGUUCCUCUUCAGCCUCGUCUCGAUCCAUCAAGCCCCGAUUCUUCAUCCUCACAAUUGACUAGAACUGGAAUCAACUCCAUUCAACAUAUCCAAGUGGCAUCGGCAGUUGUGUCCACCAUGAGAAAGGUUUCGGUGGAAAAUGAGACACCGGUGCCUCAGAUGAAGUCCAGAUCCUGGAGACAUGCAGGAAUAACAGCAGUCUUUACUGGACAUGUGAAAGGUGAAAAUGGAAUGGUUGCUCUUCCAGCAGAGGAGGUGAAUCCCGCUGAUAUAGACUCGUUGGUUCCUACACACGAUGAGCACGGGAGGCCUAUUGCAGAGUGGAAGAGGCAAGUGAUGGUACGUAAACUUCAAGCAAGGCUUCAGGAUGAUGAAGACCAAUGGAGAAAGGUGGGCAUCAACUCCACUAUGGAUGGCUGGAGAUACUCCAAGGUUCACAAUGCUAUUUUGGGCCCCUUCGGCGAGCUGCUAACGGAGGAUGACUUGGUGUACUUAGAGGGACAGAUUGAGACCGUUUCCCUGCAGAAAAAGUGUCAGGCCUACGAGCUGGAGUUAACGCGUCUGGCCAAGCAACUCCAAACACUCCUGCCUGCUCCCAUUGUUAACAUCACCAUCAACACUCAGUUCCAGCAGAAGCCAGAUAUGGUGGACACUCUUGCACUUCCCAUCUGGUGCAACCGUAUCUCGGGCAUCGUGAAGAGCAUGUCCCUGCUUCUAAACAACCUCUCAGACAAAAAUGUAGAAGAUGGUAUCUCCAAAAUGCCCAACAAAGAACUGGCAUCGGUGUUCUCAAGCCAGCCGGAAAGGAAUAAGGGCAAGCGAGAGAAGGUGGAAAUGGAGAUCCAGUUGUCAGGAGUUUCUGUAAAGAAUCUAAGGUCCACUUUUGAAGGCCAGAUUGGGAACAUCUAUCCAUUUUCAGGGAUGUUAAACACCAUGUCUAAGUCCAAUCCCAUGCAGCAGGAUGUGUCUAAUCUGUCACAAACAGGGGUUGUUCUCAAUCAAGACCUCAAUCUUGUUAAUGACUGCAGACUUAAUUGCAAACAUACCACCAGCGAGGAACCCGCUAAGGUUCUGGAGACCACCAGCUUGCGCAAAGAGCGAAUCGUUGUCUUGUUCUUGGGCCACUGGAAAAAGUCUGCCUAUGCAAUCUCAAUGAGAGCUAAAAUGAACCAAGAACUAGACACACAGAGAUCAGCUGAAACUUGCAUCAAAGGUCCCAGUGUGCCAACUCCAGUCCUUCAGUCGAACGGAGGCUCCCUGUAUCAUCUCUACAGACAAAGGAUAACUAUAGACAAAAUGAUUCACAACUGGAGGGCCAUCAACUCAGGGGUUCCCUCACGCCAGAUCCGGAACCUCCAGAGAAAGUCGGUCAUUUAUUCCCCUGAGCACUUCCUCCCUCGAGUAGAUGGUGCGCCUGUGCCUUACGAAAGCUUGACACUUGACUUGUUCAUGCUGGGGUACUUCCACAUCCUGGAGCAGGACCUGCCCGCUGAUGAGCGCAAAAUGAGACACUUACUCUGCUUUGAAGUUUUCGACCACGUGGCCGACUUCCCAUGGGAGACAGUUAGAGAUUUCCAUCGGGCUGUCCUAAGAGACAUAGAGGACGGGAAACGGCAAUGGAAAGACGGCUUUGAAGACAUCAAGGCCCGUUUCUUUGGGACAAAAACAAAGGUCCAAGCCAGCAAGUCUUUGAAGAACUCUGAGGUUAGGACAGUUCCUAGAGUCAUGGUUGAGAAUGUUGCACAAGAUGAGGGAAGCCACAGGGCAGACGGGGGCACAGACUGGUCAUGUUUUGCUAACGAUGAAAUCUGCAAAUACAUUGACCGUAGUUUUGUUUUCUGGAAGGAGAAAGAAGCCGAGUUGUUUGACUUCGAACAUUAGUGCUUGGUUUGGAUUGUUCUGUAUGCUUGUGUUGCUGUUUGUCUUUAGACUUGCAUUAAGAUUGUAAUGAGAUAACCGUUCACAUUAGCUUGACAUUCUUGAAAUGUCACAUGAAAUUAAUGUCACAACUCUUUCAGCAGCCCAAAUAUUUUUGGGCUGCUGACAUUAUAAGAACGUCAAAAAUGUUGUAUUUGAUACUUCCUUUCCUACUCGAUACUAAAUUUUUCGAACUGUAAACCAAAGAUCAGCUUUCAUCAAGUCUUCCAUGAAGGACAUAUUGAAUAAUGAAUGCAUUUAGAAAUACUGAAGACAAUAUGACACUGAAAUUUUGAAAGCAUUUUUAUGUAACAUGAAAUGCCAUAUUUGGAUAGGAUUUAAGUCUUUAGUAUGCAGUAAGUGAAUCUUGCAAAGUCUGACCAAGGGCACGAGCUAACAGGGUAAAAGCCAGCUUUGAUUUCCGGUUAUCUUUAAGGAGUAAGGAGAGAAGAGGUUUUGAUAAAUAUUAAUUUACUUUGUAAUCACACUGUGUCCUGUUUGUGUAAGACCAGUGACAGGCGAUACUCUGCAACGAGUCAUCAGUAAGUGACACUGCUUCAAAGUGAUGUUUCAGUGAACAAGAAUUUGGAGUAUAUUUGGUGUCAAAUUGUCUGUCCUCACAUCCUAUCAUUGCAUCCUCACAUUUUGUCAAACAAAGAAAUAAAUACUUAUUAUUAUUUUUUUUAAAAAUAAGAUGAUCAUAUGGCUUGCUAGAAAAGGAUGUGAAUGAAACGUAAUCAGGCCCAUUAUACAGGUAUGUCUUAAUGUAAUAAUUUUGAUAUUUUUAAUAAACAUAAAUUUGGUUUGAAACAUGAAAAUUGUUGUCACUAAUUCAUAGUAGUAGCCUUGGUGUGUUUCCAAUUCCAAAUUGUCGUAUUGGCUAUGCCCAGUGUUUGAGCAAUGUCCUCUGAUUGAUUCGCCCUCUUUUCUCAGCUUCAAAAUGGCUUACUUUUCUCCCAUAGACAGCUCUCUGAUCUUCAUGUCCGUUCAUCCUUUUUAACCCUAAAUGCAGUCUUCACAGGUGAAACUGAAGGCUAAAACGAAGCGUAGAGGUUCAGAGCUAUUAAUUGUUUAAACAAUCAGUCUAACAAGACACACCUGGGCAACAAGUCACAUAUUCCGGCAUUUUUGCUCGCCUACAAAUUGUCUGGUCUGAUACAAAAUGCUGUGUCCUAUGCUGUUUAAUAUGUCUACAUAUAAAUACUAGGAAAUAAAAGCUGAAAUUCUGAACUCUCUUUUCAUAUCCAUCUUUUGAUCUCAAACACAAAUGUCUUCAGUCUGCAACAAAAACAAAUGAAUUGGCCUUGGCGUUCCAAUAGUUUCGGUGGUGACAGUAUAUGCUCUUAUCUUAUACUACAGCUCCACACUGUGGCCAGCAUAAUAAAGCAAAAUCUAAUUGCCACUGGAAGGUAAUGACUUCACUGGCUCCACUGAUU